CUCGAUGGGUUCGGUCCAUCCCGUUCUCCUUCCACAUCUGCCUCGCCCUGUUUUGCUCUCUGUGUCCCUCCCAGCUCCCUCCCCACUGUGCCUGAGGUGCUGAUGUUGCGAAUUCUGGAAAUCCUCAGCUGAAUUAUCAGCGGCCUUCCCUCUCUCUCCUCUCUCUCUCUCUCUCUGUGUUUUUGAGAACCAGCCAACAGAGAUGCUGCAGUGAAAGGGGGAGGAGGGGAGGCAUACAUAGGCGCAGUGCCGUUUCGAGACGAAGCCAACAAAUCAGUGUUUUUUUUUACCAGCCCCUGAACCCCUUUGCAAUUGGUACAUCCUUCCACCUCAGGACUACCACCAUCUCUCUGCAUUAUCGAGCAGAGCUCUAUUCUGUUUCCCUUCCAAACCUCCCCCCCACCCCACCUUCCUCGAUAACCCCCUUAAACUCGCAGGCCAGCUGUAGGGGAGGCAGAUUCAUUUCUCCGAACCUCUGUGUGUUUGUAUGUGUUGGACCUGCAUUGUGCCAAAUCUCAGCAACUGCACGGCUGCAGAAUGAAACUAUUUCUAACCCACCUCUCUGCCUUCCUGGCUCUAGCCUUUUGCAUCUAUGCAGACGAGAGCAUCUCUGAAGGUGAAGAGUGGCUGUAUCCCAUUACUCAGGAUGAGAUCGUUCACGAACAUGGAACGGUCACUCUGAAAUGCACUGUCCAGGAGAAUGACAACUCUUCAUUACAGUGGUCUAACCCAGCUCAGCAGACCCUCUAUUUCGACGGGAAGAAAGCUCUGCGCGACAACCGCAUUCAGUUGGUCCAUUACUCCCCCAAUGAGCUGACCAUCAGCAUCAGCAACAUGACCCUGAACGACGAAGGCACCUACACGUGUUCCAUUUUCACCAUGCCAGUGCUCACUGCCCCUGCCCGGGUCCAGGUCCUUGGUAAGUGCCACCACUCCCUGUCUAACCCCGUGCUGUCCCUGCCGUGGGAGG